GUCAAGCUCCCCCAAUUCAAUUCCAAGUCCUCCUCCCGAGCCUUGGGAGUAUGACCCUUGUCCAAUGACGGAAAAUAAUGACCCCUUUGAGCAGCAAAAUCAAUCAAACCAACCUUCUGGAGCUGUUGAUGCUGCUGCCCCCUUAGGUGAAACUUAAAAAAAAACUAGAAAAAGGCGCUCUCCUCAUUGGAAGCAUUUUAUAAAGAAGGAUGGAGAAAACAAGGCUGAAUGUAUCUAUUGUCAUACAUUAAUUGGCUGUGCAUCACUUCAAGGUACCUCCGGCAUGAAGAACCACAUAAAGCGAUGUAAGGAAUACCCCCCAAACAUUGAUCAAAAUCAGCAACUAUUGUCCCUUAGUCAACAAACUCUUGAUGGGAAUCUUGUGGAUAAAAAAAAGGUAGACUUGAGUUGUGGAAAUUCAAUCAAGAAGAUAGUAGGAAAGCUCUGGCAAAGAUGGUGAUUAUGGAUGAAAUGUCUUUUCGAAUGGUGGAGCAUGAAGGUUUUCGCAACUUUAUGAAGGUAACACAACCCUUCUUCAUUAUUCCUUCUCAAUGGACAGUGACUAGAGAUUGUUUUAGGAUUUAUUUGGAUGAAAAAAAAAGUUUGAAAAGUUUUUUUUAGCAAGUGUACUUCACGUAUAUAAGUCUCACCACUGAUACUUGGACUUCUUGCCAAAAUAUGAAUUACAUGUGUUUAACCGCUCACUUUAUUGACCAAAAUUGGAAAUUGCACAAAAAAAUAAUUAAUUUUUGUAUAAUUGCUGGUCAUUCUGGUGAAACAAUUGGUAAAUCUGUCCAAAAGUGUCUACUUGAAUGGGGUUUUCUAGAGUAAUGACUGUCACUGUAGAUAAUGCAAGUUCAAAUGAUGUUGGCAUUCAAUAUUUGAAAAGGAGGUCUGAAAGUUGGAAGACUUUAGUUUUGGGUGGUCGGUUUUUGCACAUGAGAUGUUGUGCUCACAUAUUAAGUUUAACCGUUAAAGAAGGAUUGAAAGAAAGUGAUGUGUCAAUAAAAAGAAUUUGUUGUGCUGUUAGGUAUGUAAGAUCAUCGGGUGCUAGAUUGCAAAAGUUUAUGAGUUUUGGUAAACAAGAAAAGUUGGAGUCAAAACGUUUUCUCUGUUUAGAUGUGGAUACUAGGUGGAAUUCUACUUAUUUAAUGUUAGAAGGUGCUUUGGCAUUUCGUAGGGAUUUUGAUUUGCUUGAAUGUUCAGAUGGUGGUAAAUUUAGGUAUGAGUUACAGAAGUCAGAUGGGGUGGGUGCCUGAACCUAGUGAUUGGGAUUCUGUUGCUUCUUUUCUUCCUUUACUUAAAAUAUUCUAUGGUGCUACUCUACGAGUUUCCGGCUCGUUGUAUAUCACCUCUAAUGUGUAUUUACAAGAACUUGUUGGGAUUAGUGUGUUAAUCAAGAAAAAAGUGUUGAGUAAUGAUGUGGGGGUAAGUUUAAUGGCUAGUGGAAUGAAGAAAAAGUAUGACAAGUAUUGGGAAAAUGUUGAUAAUGUGAAUCUCUUGUUGUAUAUUGCUAUCAUUCUUGAUCCUAGGCGGAAAAUGGGAUAUACUAAAUGGGCAAUUAAUCAACAAUAUGAUUCUGAAAAAGCUAAAUACUUGUGUGAUAAAGUGAUGCAAACUCUGAAUGACAUGUAUAAACUUUAUGUUUUUGAAAACCCUCCAAAUGAGUCCAUUCCCCCUAAAACUUCUGAUUUUCCGGAGGAAGUAGAAGAUAUGGAUUCUGAUGUAGAUGUUGCGGAAUUAGAAUUUGAAAAGGAGGUGGGUUCAUGUGUUGGAGUACAGGGGAAAAAUGAGUUCGCCAAGUAUUUAGAAGAUGAUUGAGAAGUUAAUCCUGUCGGAAAAAGCUUUGAUUGUUUGGGGUGGUGGAAAAAAUAUGGUGAAAGGUACCCAACAAUAGCUCUCAUGGGUAGAGAUGUACUUGCCAUUCCCGUGUCAACAGUCGCUUCCGAAUCAGCUUUUAGCACUGGUGGUCGAGUGCUUGAUUCAUUUCGUAGCUCACUCUCAACUAAGAUGGUUGAAGCCUUGAUUUGUGCACAGGAUUGGUUACUUACAUCUCAAGGUCCUCUUAUACUUGAGGAGAGACUUGAAGAUAUGGAAAAUAUUGAAUCAGAAAUGUUACCUCUUGGUAAGGAACAUUCUCUCUUUGUUGAUGAUGAUUAGAGGCAGCAACUUAUAAUCAUGAAGGUUGGUGGUGAUUGUAUUGAAGGCCGGAAGUCAUUGAAGGCUUGGAGUAUUUUAUGAAUUAUGUUUACUAUGGACUAGUUUUGUUUUUAAAACUAUAAACUAUGGACUUUUUUUUUUGUUAUGUAUUGGUUUAUUAUUGUUAACUAUGGACUUUUUUUUUUAAAGAAACAGUAUGUUUGUAUCAAGUA